AUGGCCCGCGAUACGGUCGAUACCACACCGAUUGAAACUGUUGCGGACCUUGCCGCAACUCUCGAAGAGGGCUGCAAGCCGGAAGACCGUUUCCGGAUCGGCACAGAGCACGAGAAGUUCGGUUUCUGUCUGAAGCAAUUGUCUCCCAUUCCGUAUGAAGGUUCCAACGGAGUCGAAGCGGUUCUGGAAGGCAUGGAAAGUCUCCUUGGCUGGGAGCGCAUCGAAGACGCAGGCAAGAUCAUCGGUCUCGCCGACAACGAGGGCGGGGGUGCAAUUUCCAUUGAGCCGGGAGGACAGUUCGAACUCUCCGGAGCCCCGUUGGAAAAUCUCCACCAGACCUGCCGUGAAGCCAAUCAGCAUCUGGCCCAUGUCCGCCAGAUCGCCGAGCCGAUGGGUGUCGGCUUCCUGGGAAUCGGCAUGACGCCGACAUGGACGCGUGCGGAAAUUCCGCGCAUGCCGAAGUCCCGCUAUGACAUCAUGACCAAUUACAUGCCGAAGGUCGGGUCGCUCGGCCUUGACAUGAUGUAUCGAACGUCGACGAUCCAGGUGAACCUCGAUUUCUCCUCCGAGGCCGACAUGAUCCGCAAAAUGCGCAUUGGCCUUGCGCUUCAGCCGAUCGCGACCGCCAUGUUUGCAAAUUCUCCGUUUACCGACGGCAAGCCGAACGGGUUCAAGUCUUUCCGCGCGCAGAUCUGGACCGAUACCGACGUGGACAGAACAGGCGACAUUCCCUUUGUAUUUGAACAAGGGUUCGGUUUUGAGCGCUACGUGGACUGGGCACUCGACGUGCCGAUGUAUUUCGUCAAGCGCGGAGAGACCUAUUACGACGUGACGGAUACGACCUUCCGCCAGUUCAUGAAGGGGGCGCUGGAAGGCCGGGUUCCCGAUGCCACGCCAAGUCUUGGCGAUUGGAACAACCACAUUUCAACACUCUUCCCGGAUGUCCGGCUGAAGAAAUUCAUUGAGAUGCGUGGGGCCGAUGGUGGGCCCUGGCGCCGCAUUUGCGCGCUUCCCGCCCUUUGGGUCGGACUGCUUUACGACAGCGGCGUGCUCGACCAGGCCUGGGAACUGGUCAAGGACUGGACCGCGGAAGAGCGCGCCGCAUUGCGCAGCGGCGUUCCGGGGUCGGCCUUGCAGACACCUUUCCGGCAAGGAACGGUUCUCGACGUUGCCAAGGAUGUACUGGCCCUGGCGCAAGAGGGACUGAAGCGGCGCAACCGGCUUAGCGACGGCGACCUGGACGAACGUGUCCACCUGGCGCCGCUCGAGGAAGGCCUUGCCGCGGGCAUGUGCCCGGCAGACAUUCUGCUGCAGCGCUACAACGGCUCCUGGAACGGUGACAUCACGCAGGUGUUUCGCGAAUACGCUUACUAA